UCUAACAGUUCUCUCUGAUUCACAGGACGUCUUCAGAGCCAUGCAUCCAGACCCUGACAUUGUGCGGUUGUACCUUAAACCACUGCUCAUCGGAGAGCUUGCUCCAGAAGAGCCCAAUCAGGAGAGAAACAAAAAUUCCCGGUUGGUGGAAGAUUUCCAAGAACUGCGGAGGACAUUAGAGACCUUGAAUAUGUUCAAUGCCAACCUGGGGUUCUUCUUCCUUCACCUUGCCCAGAUCUUGAUUUUGGAGGCCCUGGCUUGGGUAAUAGUGUGGCAUUUUGGCAGUGGCUGGCUUAUCACAAUGUUCAUUUCUUUUCUUCUCACGGUUGCUCAGGCUCAGGGUUCAUUUCUGCAACAUGACAUGGGACACCUUUCCAUAUUUAAGAAGUCCAAGUGGAACCGCCUGAUGCAAAAAUUUGUGAUGGGUCAUCUCAAGGUACAGAAUGUUCCAGGAGUAUGAUGGGAUUCUGAAAGU